AUGGAGAACGCAAAAAUUUCCGGUUCCAUUCCAUUGUCCAUCCGGAAACUGGUUGUUCGUGAUGUCAAUAACGGCCAAACGCACCGGGAAGUGGCCAAGCACUACGAAAUCAGCAAGAUAACGGUAUCAAAAUUAAUGAACAAUAUGAAAACGUUCGGAUCGGUGGUGGAUCGCUCGGGAAGAGGACGGAAGCCCAAGACAGAUGCCAGGACGGACAAGAAAAUCAUUCGUGAGGUGAAGAAAAACCCAAAAAUUACGAUCCGGAAAAUACAGGAAGAGCUCCGUCGUACUGUCCGUCGCUGCAUCCAAGCGAAGGAGUGCCAUAGCAAGAUCGCAGUGAGAAGGCCUUUCACUAGCCAGGUGAAUAAGGCUAAGCGGCUCAAGUUCGCCAAGGAACACGUCGAUAAACCGCUCGAAUACUGGAAAACAGUGUUGUGGACCGACGAAUCCAAAUUCGAGCUGUUCAACCGGAAGAAGCGGGAUCGUGUGUGGCACAAGUCGGGUGAGGAGCUCCAAAACCGCCAUAUCCAAGGAACAGUUUAG